AUGUUUGAUAAUUAGUCUAUGUACAAUGUUAUUGAUCAUCAACUAAAUUUAGAUUUUGUUGAUUAUAAGCAUUUAAAUAAUUUGGUUGCUCAAGUAAUUAGUUCAUACACUGGAUUAAGAAGAUUUAACUCUUGUGAUAACUCUAAGUUUAUUUUAAAUAUGUGCCCUUAUCCGAGAAUCCAUUAUUUAAUUCCAUCAUAUAGUAAACUGACUUUAAUAAAUGAUUACAAGAGAAAAGAAUUAGAUCAAAGAUAAUUCAUUAAAGAUAUCACAAAAAAAGAGUAAAGACUUUUUUAAUGUCCUUAAAAUCGUCGACAUCUCUGUACAAUCUUAUUACUGAGAUAAAAAGAAUUGAACAGUUUUUAUGGUAAAUUCAACAACAGACUAACAAACCUAGAUCAUGUAUUUGCCUAAAAUACAAAUAUUUUUUAAUGUAAAUCCUCAAAUUACUAAGUAUUACCUGAACUUGCAUAAAUGAAACAAACAGGAACCUUCUUCUCUAAUGAUAGUUCAAUUUUGAGUAGAUUUAAACUAUUGGUCUAAUAGUUUGAUAAAAUUUUUGCAAAAAGAUCUUUUACGCAUUGGUAUAUCGGUGAUGGAUUAGAAGAUAAAGAGUUUUCUGAAGCAUUAGAUGAAUUAAUAGGAAUAAUAGCUGAUUAUAAAGAAUUGGAAUAGAAUUGGAAUUUUAAUUUACAAGAGGAGACUUACAAUGAUGAAUAUUGA